AUGUCUCCUGUCUUACUGUUAUACACUAUACUCACAUUCACAACCGCCAUUAAUGCUAUCAAUGAGAAUUCUGUAAACAAUCUCCAAGACCACGAGAAAGGAUCACCUGAAGACUGGAAUGAAAUGUUGCCACGCCAGUAUCCGAUUUCGAUUGAAAAUGAACCAAAUACACUAGAAAGUGUUGCUGACAACUCAAUGAACAAUGAGCCUUACGCAUAUGAGACACCAGAAAGUGAUGAUUUGACGCAAAAUUUCAACGAACCAAUGAAUCAGAAGACAAAAGAAGAGAAUUUACAGAAAGCACCGAAUAGUAUGGCUGAAGUUGAUAGAGGAGAUAAAUUGAAAGAACCUUGGGAAGAUGAUGACAGUAUUAACGAAGAUAUAUCUCGUCAGUUGGACACAGUUGAAAAAAUCUUAGUGAACUAA